AAGGCCACGAAACAUUUUGUGUUUCGUUAUCUUCCCCAAACCAAACACCAACCAAAGUUCACUACUGAGGAUAGCAAAAAUGGCGGCAGAAUUGUUGAAAUUGCCGUCGUCGCCGGCUUCCACGCCGUCCCACCUCGCCGGCAAUCGGAGUCCACUGCUUCUUUCUCCUCGCCGUAUCCUCCGUCUCCCUCACUCUCAUUCUCGAACUUCUUCAUCCCUUUCUGAAUUCUUCGGGACAGUUCGCCUCCGCUCUGCCGCCACUUCGAGGAAAUCACCCUUAUACAUUAAUCACAGAAGGAACGUCUCUGUUUUCGCCGUGGCUGCUGAAGAAUCAAAGCGAGCUGUACCUCUGAAGGAUUACCGAAAUAUUGGAAUUAUGGCUCAUAUAGAUGCUGGAAAGACGACAACAACUGAACGCAUUCUAUACUAUACUGGUAGGAACUAUAAGAUUGGAGAGGUGCAUGAAGGCACAGCAACAAUGGACUGGAUGGAGCAAGAACAGGAAAGAGGGAUUACUAUAACAUCUGCUGCCACCACUACGUUUUGGAAUAAUCAUCGUAUUAACAUUAUCGACACACCUGGUCAUGUUGAUUUCACACUUGAGGUGGAAAGAGCUCUAAGGGUUUUGGAUGGUGCUAUAUGUUUGUUUGACAGUGUUGCUGGUGUUGAACCGCAGUCUGAGACAGUGUGGAGACAAGCUGAUAAAUAUGGAGUGCCAAGAAUUUGUUUUGUCAACAAGAUGGAUCGUCUAGGGGCUAAUUUCUACAGAACAAGGGACAUGAUUGUCACAAAUUUAGGUGCGAAACCACUUGUGCUUCAAAUUCCAAUAGGUGCAGAAGAAAGAUUUCAAGGUGUCAUUGAUAUUGUGAGAAUGAAAGCUAUAUUAUGGUCAGGAGAGGAAUUGGGUGCCAAAUUCGUUUAUGAAGAUAUUCCUGCUGACUAUCAGGAAUCGGCAGAUGAUUACAGGAGUCAGUUGUUAGAGACAAUAGUUGAACUAGACGAUGAGGUCAUGGAGAGAUAUCUUGAAGGAGAAGAGCCUGAUGAAGAAACAAUAAAGAGAUUAAUUAGGAAAGGUACGAUCGGUGCAUGUUUUGUGCCGGUUUUAUGUGGGUCAGCUUUCAAGAACAAGGGCGUUCAACCGUUACUCGAUGCAGUUAUAGAUUAUUUGCCUUCGCCAAUGGAUUUACCACCAAUGAAGGGUACAGACGCUGAUCACCCUGAUGUGGUUAUCGAAAGACUUGCCAGUGAUGAUGAACCAUUCUCGGGACUUGCUUUCAAGAUCAUGAACGAUCCAUUUGUCGGUUCGCUGACAUUUGUCAGAGUAUAUUCCGGCAAGCUAACAGCAGGAUCUUAUGUACUGAAUGCCAACAAAGGAAAGAAGGAAAGAAUUGGUAGGCUUUUGGAAAUGCACGCCAAUAGCAGGGAGGACGUUAAAGUAGCCUUAACCGGUGAUAUAGUUGCUCUGGCAGGUCUUAAAGAUACCAUUACUGGAGAAACCCUAUCCGAUCCUGAGAAGCCAGUUGUGCUUGAAAGAAUGGAUUUCCCUGAUCCUGUCAUUAAAGUUGCUAUUGAACCGAAAACCAAAGCUGAUGUUGAUAAGAUGGCUAAUGGCUUGAUCAAGCUUGCCCAGGAGGACCCAUCUUUCCACUUUUCGCGAGAUGAAGAGAUCAACCAGACUAUUAUUGAAGGAAUGGGUGAAUUACAUCUCGAAAUUAUAGUUGACCGGCUCAAGAGGGAAUUUAAGGUGGAAGCUAAUGUUGGUGCGCCACAAGUAAAUUACAGGGAGAGCAUUUCGAAAAUUUCGGAAGUGAAAUAUGUUCACAAGAAGCAGUCAGGCGGGCAAGGGCAGUUUGCUGAUAUAACUGUAAGGUUUGAGCCGAUGGAGGCAGGAGGAGGAUACGAGUUCAAGAGUGAAAUAAAGGGAGGAUCGGUUCCCAGGGAAUACAUUCCUGGUGUGAUGAAAGGUUUAGAGGAGUGCUUGAGCAACGGAGUCCUUGCUGGAUUCCCUGUUGUGGACAUGCGUGCAGUUUUAGUGGAAGGUUCUUAUCAUGAUGUCGAUUCGAGUGUUUUGGCAUUCCAGCUUGCGGCUAGGGGAGCUUUUAGGGAAGGUGUGAGGAAAGCUGGUCCAAAGAUGCUUGAACCCAUAAUGAAAGUUGAAGUUGUAACCCCUGAAGAACACUUGGGAGAUGUUAUUGGUGAUCUUAAUUCAAGAAGAGGCCAGAUUAACAGCUUUGGCGACAAACCUGGUGGUCUCAAGGUAGUUGAUUCCCUGGUUCCUCUGGCGGAGAUGUUUCAGUAUGUGAGUACACUCCGUGGCAUGACGAAAGGUCGUGCUUCCUACACAAUGCAGCUAGCCAAAUUCGACGUCGUCCCUCAACACAUCCAGAACCAACUUGCAACAAAGGAAGAACCCGCCAAUGCUUAAUUAAUUUCAAGCAUCUUCUUCCACAGUAUGACCUGCUCAGGUACACCCAAUCUGUGUAUGUAUUGUAUUCUCAUAACAUUAUUUUAUGAGUUGCCUUUGUAGUAGGUUAGAAUUCAUAUUUGUUUAAUUAUAAGUUUUGUUGAAGUUGAUUAAGAGGAGGAUACGACAUCCAUUUUCCCCAAUUACAUUGUGUUAGCUUUAAAUGGGGGACUGUGGAUGUUUGUUCAGUGCGGCAAGAAUAUGGACACAGAUACUCUCUCUUGUUAAUGGCAAUUUCAUAAGAUUUUGGUGCCGUA